UUUGAGUUUGAUUAUUGUUCAGUGUUGUCAAUUAUUGGUAAAACUGACGGAAAAAACAUCGCAAUAUGUUGAUUUAUAUAAACUAAUAAGUUAGGAGAAAGCUAUUGUGUGAAACACGUGAGUAUUGCGGUUUCAUGAACUGCCUAGUGAAUAUCUUAAAAAGUGUAACUUGAAUACACUCACCGGCAUAAGUAGUGUAGUAGCUCCCAAUUUUAUGAAGAACUAGUGUUAGAGUGAACAGUGAUACAUUUUGUUUAUUCAUUGAUUCCGAAUCUAUGUAAUUCAUGUAUCAUCCAGUAUAUUUUUUUGUUCCAUUUAAUUCGCUGUGAAUGAGAUAUGUUAAUAUAAAAAAGGUAGUUGUUGAUUGUCAAAAAAGGUCAAUAGACGUCAAAAAGUAAAAUUUGGUAUUUUAUUGAAAAAUAAAGUUUCUAAGGAAAUUACAUGGUCCUUCGAGCCGGAUUAGAUAUCAAAAUAUACUAUAUACAGUCCACAAAUAAGUACUGAAAAGGAAACAUGUCUGAUUAUCGAAGAAGAUCUCAGAGAAACAAUGCUGGCAAGACUAAUAAUUUUGGUGAUUAUGUUCGAUGGCCGCUGGCAUUAGAGAAUGAUAUUCAAAGAAAUCAUGACACUGUUCAGUCAGAAUCAAAUAUCUUCAUGUAUUCGCAUCAGCAAGGAGACGCAACUCAGGUGCUGGAAAUUAUCCAAACAGUUCCCAUAGAAGAGCGAAAAGGUUCCGGAUUUCAUGUACAGUCUGAUAGAACUGGCAAUAGGGAUGGAACAGAUCUAGGAUCAAUCAGGUAUUUAUCAAAAGUAUCAGAUUCUACUAGAAAAUCGGCAAGAAAAUUAAAUGAAUCUAAGGUAUCUUCAAAGAGGGUAGAAAUUGAAAGGAAGCGUUUGGUGUUGGAGACUGAGGUCGCGAGGACUGACCUGAUGAGGGAAAUGAAAAAGCAGGAAUUCGAAGAUCAAAUGAGGAUUCUGGAUCUUCAGACACAGUUAGCUGAAACUAGAAUUGAAGAGGAAGAGUUAUGCUCUACAAGAGAUAUCAGUUCGAAAAAAUCGCUUGCAGAGAGUACAGAUAAAGAAAGCAUGUUCAGAGGAGUACAAGAAUGGGUCGAUAAGUGUGAAGUGCAUUCUGUUACUUUUUCACCAGAAAUAAUGAAAAUUCAAAACACAAAUAUGUCGCAGGAAAAUUACAUUUCAAAACUAUGUCAUGUUAUCGCCGAUGCUAUUAGAAGUGUUUCGAGGGGAAAUUGUUCGAAUAAUCAUGCAAUUGCUAAGGAACUACCUCUUUUUGAUGGCAACCCAGAAGACUGGCCGUUAUUCAUCAGUCAAAUUAACAGGAAAACUAAUAUGUAUCAAUACUCAGAGGAUGAAGUGAUGCUAAUGUUACAGAGGUGCCUGAAAGGGGAAGCUCUUGAAGCGGUAAGGAGUUUAUUAUUGCACCCUAAAAAUAUUAUUCAUGUUAUUGAAACAUUAGAAAUACGUUUUGGUUGUCCAGAAUACGUCAUUGGUUCUUUGAUAAACAAAACUCAGAAUUUGAAAUUUGUUAGAGAUGGCGAUUUUAAUAAUUUUGUUGAAUUUUCAUAUCACGUCAAUAACCUGGUGGAUACGUUGGAGCAAUUUGAGGCAAGUAAUCAUUUGAAUAAUCCAUUUUUACUGGAGCAGUUGCUAGGAAAAUUACCCAAUAGUCUGAAAUUACAAUGGGACAGAAGAUGGUGCUAAAAGGAGGU